AUGUCCGUCUCAUGGAGAGCCACCUCCCAGCUCUUAGCCUCGCGCUCCGUCCACAUUCGCAUCCAGCCUCGGCCUGCCAAUCUGUCAGAAAGCCGCGAGGUCUUCCGUGUAAUGCAGCGCUUUGGAGAACUCAGCACUUACAAGUAUCUUCGGUACGAGUAUCACGCCCCAGCCGACAAUUCCGCAUUUGCUAUCUAUCGAGAUCCCGACGCCGCACAAAAGGCAUUGAAUGCCUCGCCCAUACGGUUUUCGUUGGAGGAAAUCUUAUCCGAAGACGACGCAUCGAAGGCAGGGAGCAGACAGAGUGGCGUGACGGUGAGCGACGAUGCCAUCACGCCUGAAACUCCGGUUAAAGAUGGCAUUGAAGAAAUCACGCGGGCGAGUCCAUUGCUCAACCGCAACCUACCGAACAGGCAGACAUCCCUUACAUCGUUAACCAGUUCGUCCAAAAGCCCACAAUCAUCCCCAUCGAUCGGGUUGCCCUUCGAGAGUCCAGAGCCCCGAGGGACGACGACGAAAUGGUUCCAGAUUACCGUCGAUAGGUCGCGUGCUGUACACCAGGAUUUCGUAGAGAGGCAGCCGUAUUGGAAGCAGUUUAGCCCAAUGAAGUCGAUGGCGCAGGAGGAUCUUGCCAAGGUUGUUCCUCUGAUCGGACUGAGCGAUGUGUCGAAGCGACCACCGGGCCAACACCGGACUCCAAAUAAGGUGCUGAAGCUGAUGUCAUAUUACGUUGACCACAAGAUGCCAAGUUUGAGGGAGAUGUAUGAGGAGUGUGGCAGGGAGAAGAAUAAAAGCUAA